UUCGAGGAAGAAACUGCCUCUGCCCCUCCCAUUUGAAGAAGAAGAUUGUUCUCAUCCGAUCCCGUAGUGAUCAAAUACCAUUAAGGACGAAGCUUUGAAUCCAUGGCGGUAAGGUCAGUAAAAGUAAGCAAUCUCUCCCUGGGAGCAACAGAGAAGGACGUAAAGGAAUUCUUCUCUUUUUCUGGUGAAGUUGAAAGCAUUGAAAUUCAUGGCAAUAACGAGCGCUUUGCCUAUGUCACAUUCAAAGAUCCUCAAGGAGCAGAGACUUCUGUGCUCUUAUCAGGAGCUACUAUAGCUGAUCAAUAUGUCAUCAUUGAGCUGGCUUCUGACUACAAUCCACCAGAAGCUCCUCGCGCAGGAACGCAGAGUAGCGGCGGCAGCAGCACAGAAGGACAGGAGAAUUAUGUAGUCCAGAAGGCGGAAGAUGUUGUAAGCAGCAUGCUAGCAAAAGGUUUCAUUCUCGGGAAAGACGCGCUUGGUAAAGCAAAAUCCUUCGACGAGAAACACGGGUUCACUUCAACGGCCACUGCCAAAGUCGCAUCUCUGGACCAAAAGAUGGGUCUAAGCCAGAAGUUCACGGCCGGGACGACAAUGGUGAACGAGAAAAUGAAGGAGAUGGACCAGAAGUUCCAGGUAACGGAGAAGACAAAGUCAGCUUUCGCGGCAGCAGAGCAGACGGUGAGCAGUGCUGGGUCGGCUGUAAUGAAGAACCGUUACAUAUUGACGGGUGCAACGUGGGUGGCCGGGGCGUUCAACCGAGUGGCGAAAGUGGCUGGGGACGUGGGGCAGAAAACGAAAGAGAAGCUCCAGACGGAGGACCAGCAACCACCAGAAGGGUAUUCCCCUAUUCAUGGGACUGAGUCCUCCAUCCGUAUCCAGUGACAGGGAUUCUGGUGGUGGUGAAGUGGAAGUUAAGUUGGCUUUGGUUGUAACAUAAAAGCUUCAGAUAAGAUUUCCUUACCCUGAGAGUAAGUUUUUAUAUGGAAUUUACUCUCACUGGGAAGAAAUCUAUGGAGUUGCUGACUUAAACUUGUGUCGUCAACAGUUGUUUUGUAGUGAUCAAGUUAUGGCGUGUUUUAGAGGGCUGAAAUGUAAGGCGGGUGUGGGCCUUCCAAUCUUUGGCCCUUUUAGAUCUACGGGGAAAAGUUAAUGGGCUUUUUAUAUUUCAUAUUUCACCCGCUGAAUAAUAUCGAGGGGCAGAACUUUUGAAUGAUUAAACAGAUAGAUCAUAAAGGCCCAUAUUUUUUUUUUA